AUGAGUCAGGAAACGUCUGAUAAAGAGGAGUUUCAAAAUAAUAAAGAUGUUAUUGAAGUGGAAACCAAAUCUGGACGACAAAUAAUCGUUAAAUAUUACUUGGAAUCCACUAAAAAACUGCUUUUUACGAACUCUUAUCCGUCAAACUAUUUGGUGGCCUCCAUCAAGAAGAAUAUCGAGAGAUUCUUUAAUAUACCCUUUGUAAACAUUAUUCUUAAACUCGGAGAUGCAGUUCUGAACAAUGAAGACAAAAUCGGCGACUUUCAAACAGAUAACUUUGGUGUCCUGGAAAUUACUCUUGUGUUCUCGAAUGUCCACCUAAAAUUGGAACCUGAAGAUGUCGCUCAAAUAUACCAGCAUGUACCUCCAGUGUUGCCAGAUGUCUUGACAGUACAAGUACCAACGGAAGAUAGAGGGGUUUACAACGUUGUCGUUGAGGUCGAGAAUAAAUGUAUUUACAAGCCAAAUUUGGGUGGUUACGAAAAUACGUCGACCGGUAUUGAAUACCAUAAUGCCUAUAGUCAAACUGGGCCUUAUUUGUUGAAGAAAAAUGGUUUGGUGUUGGCGCAUAGAGAUUCACAAACUCCUUCGACUAAAAAUAAAACGAUCAACUUGGCUAUGAGUAAGGCUACACAGGUAACGCAUAUACCUCAAGGUGGUGACAAAAUUUUAAUACCUAGACCUUACGAAACGGCAGAGGAAAGAGCAGUUAGGUUGGAUAUACCUGGAAAGGUUAGGUUCAUACAGAAAUGCUAUAGAGCGUGGAAAUUAAAGAAAAAAGUUAAAGAACUUAGUUUGGAAUACAAAAAAAGAAUGUCAAAACAAACACAAGACGAUCUACAAGAGCAAAUCAGGGAAGAAUUAAGAUUUAAGAAAGAUUUGACGAACAAAGCUUUUCCAAUGGACGCUGAAGAUUUUGAUAUGCUUUACAGCAUGAUCGAGAGAUGGAAGAGAGCUGAAAUAAAAAGGAUAUCCCAGGAAUACUGUGGUCCGGCUAAAAUAGUCGAGUUUCAAGUUCUUCUAGACAAAGAAAUCGAAUUGCUACACUCGAUAGAUAAAGUGAGACAAACAAUUAGCGACGAUAUCGAAACGCGGAAGGAAGUUAGGUUCUUCAAGUCCAUAGGGAUGCCGAUUAGAUGGAAUAGCGAGUACAAAAAUUUACCCAUUGAAAUGGACACGUUGGAAACACAGAAAGGUCGCGAUUACUUUCAAAUGUAUAAAUCUAUAGGCGACAAGAAUUUAAGUGUGGACGAAAAAGUGGAUUUAUACACUAAGAUCAAGAAGUAUUUCGAGAACCAUAAAUGUCCAACUGUAGUUGAGCUAAAUAAACUUAUAGACAGAAUGUGCACCUUACUGGCUAGAGGCAUGAGUAAAUCUCAUUACCUCACUGUAGAACACAUGAUUGAAAAGUUAAUGUUCCAUCAUUUUCAACUGCCCGAGUGCAAUGAAGGCGUAACCUCACGAUUAAACAAAUUAAAGGAAAAAUCAAUGGAGAACAAGUUGGUUUGUUGCCGAAGCUGCCAAAAAUUAAAAUCAAUGGACUCUUUUCUCAUAAAUGCGCGUAUGAGCAAAACCAACAUAUGCAACGCUUGUCAGUGCUUAAAUAAAAGCGAAGACCCUUGCAUAGACUUUACCCCGUAUAAAUACAUUUUAAAACAAGUAAAAAAAUAUGAAGCUGAACAUCACAGCAACACAUCCGUAGCUUUUAUUGUAACAGUAAGCGAUGUUUUUUAUAUCAUGGACAAAUUUUGGCAUGGCAAGUCGGCCUUAAGUGAAUGUAACGAUAUUUCCAAGCUAAGAUUGGUGAGAUGGAAUGUAAAUGAACAAUGGUCCCCGUGGAAUUGCCUUCCACUGACAGUGGACGAGGGAAAGGCGCAUUUAAGAAUAAAAAUAUUAAGAGAUGUUUACGAUGAACACUUUAUGUCCGAGGUCUUCAACAAGCUUGCAUUGGCCAAAAUUCAAUUCAAGCAGCUGAUCUUUGUUGAGAACUGUUUGGAAAAAAAUUGA